AUGACUUAUUCUCCACAAUCAGCACCAAAAUUUGAACAAAAAACUCUCAUAUCAAUUAAUUCAUCAACAUCAUUUCGUUUAGCUCAUACAACAUUAUAUCAACCUGUACUUGAACAUAUUCGUACACUUGAAAAUCAUAUUCAAAAAGUUUUAUCUUUAUCAGGACAAUUAAUUGAAAAACAAACAGCUGUUGAUGUUGGAUCAUUUGAAUUACACCAAUUAUGUCGUGAAGAUUCAUAUGAUGAAUAA